UGAUACCUUUGUGGAAAUGCAGCAAGGAGAAAAAUGCCCUGAGGCAACAAUUCCCCUUUCUGGUUUGUAAUCAUUAAUUGCCCCACUAAGUGUUGCAGGACACUGGCAGUGCGACUGAACUGCCAGAGCCCUUAAGAAGCAGUACUAACUAGUUCAGAGUGGAAAGAAAGAGUGUUAUGCGGGAUUUGUUGUUUUUUCUAUUAGUUUUGAAUGAUGUUUCCUUGAUAAGCUCAUGAAUUCUUUACUAUGAGGGUCACUGCCAUCUCAGGGCACAUAUUUAAAGUGCUGCUGUGUCCCAAAAAUCCUAAGGAUUAAAAGCUUUUUUUGCUUUGCCAGCAUGAGUCAAGUAACUUUUUGGAAAGCACUGGAAUAUUUUUGCCGGCUGUUGGGGAUCUCGACUGGAUCAGUACUCAUUGGUGUGGGCACAGACACCCUUCUUCAGGGGCAGUUUAAGAGCCUGGGUACCUACCUGCUCAUUUCAGGAGUAGCUGUUUCUGUGUGUGAAGUCGCCUACUUUGCCAGCCUGCUCUUGGGGGCCUGUUCCAACCCCAAAGUUGGAUCCAAGAUGCACAUGUGCUUGAAGCAAGUCAGACGCCGUGGGGCCUUUCAGAAGUUCCUGGCAUAUUUGCUGCUCUCUGUAGCCUGCUUCUUGCACCCUGUGCUUGUAUGGCAUGUCACUAUUCCAGGCACAAUGCUGGUGCUCACUGGUUUGGCCUAUUUCCUGCUCAGUAAGCAACGAAAAGAAACAAGAACAAAUAGACAAGAGCAACGCAGGGACCCCUACGAUACGGCCGUACCUGUGAUGGGUAUAGAUGACCCUGGGCAAACAUACAUGUUCUGCAAGGGAGCCCAUGGAGGAAGACCAAGCUCCUUUGCAGGAUAUUUGAGGACCUUUAUCAAAGGCAGCAAAGAACAGGAUGCUGCUAGGAACCCGGCCAGCGCACUGUCUGCAGGGAGGCAAAAGCACUUCGAGGACAACGUCAUGGGUAUCAUCCUGCCUGUCAGAGAAGACUUGGAAGAGCCAGAAAGCUUGGCUGAAGAAAGCACAUCUGACACAGCCCCCAUCCUUACUUCCCAGCUGUGAUGCUCCACAGAACAAGAAGAAGAACUCCUUCUGCUGUCUUUAGAUUUUCAAGAUGGAAGCAUGCCGAGGGGGCUGGGCGGUGGGGCAGUCACAGAAUGAAACUCCCAGAUUUGGUGGACUAGUAAUGGCAGGAGCCAAAGAUUUCUGCUGUUGCCAGUGAAUAGGGAAACCUUUCCUAGGUGUCCUUUUCUUCCACCCUUUCCUCCUCUUGGAGGUCUGUCACUUUUCCUCACGGACAAGGGAUUUGUCUGUUUUGAGCCCCUUUUAGUUAGGUUACUACCAUAGCAAUUAGCAGACCUGAUCACCAGUACAGAAGAUGCUAUGCCCUGUCCUGGCUUAGGAAUGGAAGUAGCCUUUUGUUGCAGAGAAGACUGCUAUUUGAAAAGAGAGAUGUAAUGACUGCUAGUAAACUAUUUGCCAGUGUUUAUAAUUGUGGCUUCUUAGAAUCUCUGGAGAAAGAAUCUAAAGUUCAGAGCUCAUUUGUCUAAUGUUGGGCUUUAGGAGGUCUCAUUUUCCUUGACUAUUUAGCCAGAGUAAAGGAACAAUGGCAGUUUAUGGAGGGAGGAGAGAGAAGGUAAGAUAUUCUAUAUAUAUUUGUUGUAUUUCUGUUAUAUAUUAUCUCACAAUAUGUAAAUAAAAUGCCACGGGACUGUGUAAUAAAAUUAGGAGACCAUCACUUUUAUUGCUUACAAGGUAACAUCCUUUCCUACAGCUGCUAGAUUAGAUUUUUAAAAUCAGAGACUGGAUGUUCUUACCUGCUUGUACUUACUUACAUGGAACCAAUGGCCAGAAUCCUAUUGUGUAUUUUUGCUGGCAUAAUGUCAGCAGUGUUAAAUUUUAGCAGUGAACUGCCAUAAGGUGUGAAAUCAGAGUGGGCAUUUCCUGUCACACACCACACCAUGCCAUUGGUUUGCGAUAAGAGAAUGCCUGUGCCAACUUUUUGAAUGACAGUAAUUUGCUGAUAAAUGUUACACCACCAACAUUAUGGUGGUGGGCUGUAACCACAGGUUUCCAGCUACUGCUUUAGGGUGGUUGUGGUUGUUUUUUAAAUAAAUGAAUGUGCUGGAUUGUACUUUUGCUUUUA